UAUGGUGAAAAUGGGUUUUUAUGGGAUUCUGUGUGUCAUAUAGGCUCGGGGGUGUAAAGUAAAAGCUGUGAAAAUGUGAAAUCGCUCACUGCCGCCAUUUGUCCACCCCCCACAGAACUAGACCACCUCCCAGCUAAACGGGCCAGUUAGAAUUUGAUGUAUUUGCUACGUGGAAACCGGGUAACCAAUGGGUGUUGUGUUCCAAAAUCGACCUAGCCCCGCCCCCUUUUCUAACGUUCGCUUCGUGCUGUUGAGAAGAAUCCGAGAAGAAGCGGGAGUCAUGUCUGGAGUUAAGUCGUCCCUGAAAACCCAUUAUGUCUAUGUGAAAACCGGCCACGAGAAAUGCGUCAUUCCAGGGUGCCGAGUAUCAAAUACAUCACUGCACUGCUUUCCAAAAGACAAAGAUGUCGCUGACAAGUGGAUGGAUUUUAUUUUUGGAGACUUGCCUCAACCUGUGCCGAGUCAGGCUUUUCGGCUAUGUACUGCACAUUUCUCACCGCAGUUCGUACUGAAUCAGGGGCUAUAUGACGCUGGAGUCGUAUCAAAAUUACUGUUGAUGAAAAGAUCCAUUCCAACUAUUCGGCACCCUCUCCCAACCAUUGAAACGGGAGCCAUUAGACCCGUUUCCCAGGCCAAUACCUCCCGGAGUAUUGGCUGCCAGACUGACCCCCUUCCUAAAAGAUCUGUUGGAACCCAACUAUCCAAGGACACGCUUAAGACUCACGUCAGAAGCAGAGCUUCUCAGACAAGUGUGGUCUGUGAGAAUGUGUGGUCUCCCCCACUUCUUACCUCAACACCCUUGAAGCCCCUUCCACCCAAAAAGAGGCCACGACUGGAACUAGAGGAUGACGACAAUGAAUGGGAGGCCUCCAUUGAGGCUACUGACCCUAAUGACUCCACUUUCAUUCAAAGUGUAUCAAUGACAACAGAGUCAUCGACUGUAUCACAAGCCUCACCACCAUAUGAUGUACCUAAAUAUAUUGUAUACGAAAACUGCCUCCUCGAGUUGUUUGAGUUAUGUCCAGUGUGCAGCUCCAUGUGUGAUGUCCGGAAAACUAUACGUGGGACUUUCCUUGCUGUUGAUCAGACGUGCCACCGUUGUGAGUUCAACAGACAGUGGAAGAGUCAAUCGUUCAUCGGAAGUACACCUGCAGGGAACAUUCAUCUCUCUGCGGCGGUAUAUUUUACAGGGACAUCUUUCAUCCAAAUGAAAAAGGUUUUCAACGCAUUUGGUGUGAAGAGCAUGCGAUACCAAGCUUUCCGGAAACAUGCCAAAAGCUAUCUUGAACCUGCCAUUGUUUGGAAAUGGAAAAAGGCCCAGCAGGUUGAGCUUCAAAGUUUAAGCCAGCAGAGCAAGGUCAUCAUUGGAGGAGAUAUGCAGGCAGAUUUUCCAGGCCAUUGUGCCAAAUUUGGAAGCUAUACCGUGAUGAAUCUUGAAACCAACACAGUAAUCGAUAUCCAACUUGUGAAGAGCAAUGAGGUCGGAGGGAGUUACUACAUGGAGAAGGAAGGUCUGAAGCGAAGCCUUGCUCUUCUGGAGGCAAGUGGUGUCACAUUGGACUGCAUAGUCACAGACCGCCACCCCCAGAUUCAAAAAUACCUGAGAGAAAAGGGCAUCACACAGUACUAUGACGUCUGGCAUAUUGAUAAGGGGAUGUCUAAGAACAUCGACAAACUUGCCAAGGAAAAGGAUUGUGAGGUGGUAAAAAAGUGGCAACAGAGUAUUAGGAACCAUCUCUACUGGACUGCAUCAUCAUCCAAGACGGGCCCAGAGAAGGUGGCAAAGUGGACAUCUGUCAUCAAUCACAUCCACAACAUUCACACACACGAAGACCCCCUUUUUCCAAAGUGUGAGCACAGUGAUGUCCUAGAUAAGAGGAGGUGGUUGAAGCCAGGAUCAAAGGCUUCCUACAGACUGGAGAAGGUCCUUACAAACAAGAGGUUCAUCAAGGGUGUGGAGAAGCUAAGCCCUCACCACCAAACAUCCUCUCUUGAGGCCUUCCACAGCGUUGUCAUCCGCUUUGCACCAAAGAGUGUGGUGUACCCAUUCAUUGGGAUGCUUUGCAGACUCUAUCUCUCAGCAUUCCACUUCAAUGAGAAUGCCAACCGGCCACAGUCAACAAGUGCUCUGGGAGAUCCUGCCUUUAAACUGGCCUUCCCUAAAGCAAAGAAAGGGGGAUACAGCCUCAAACGACGGAAAAUUGAGCCAACAUUCUGCUAUGUAAAUGAACUCAUCGCCCUCACAUUUGAGAGUGUUGUCCCUGACCCAGCACCUUUUACUGAAGAGCUGCAGAAGAUCACCAUUCCAGAGGAUCUUUGUGCUGAGUUCUCGGUGCCAUCCAUGGAAGAGGCCAUGGCAGGAUUUGUGUCACGCUUCAAUCCAGCACAGGUCGAAAACCAGUUGAGGGGAGCCAGUCAGAGCUCAGGUGUACCGACAACCUCAACGACUGUAGUGCAAGAAGGAGCAGCGGCAGAGUGAGGUGAGCCAGUCUGAGCUCAGCUGGACCGA